UUCCCAUGGACCGCUUAUUGAGGAUAGAAUUUUAAAAAGACUAGAUAAACAUUAUGUGCUAUAUGUUUAUCUUCCAAAGAUCAGUUUGCAGAAGGGAAAAAUAAGAAUUAUCUAAAAUUGACACAAACUUGGACAACAGAGAAUUCUUAAAAAGAGGAGAAUUAUAGUAUUAUAUCUUAUCAGCGGCUUUAGGACCUUUCGACCUCCCUAUAUCCGUUCAAAUCCGAGACACUCGGACCUUUGACUGGCACAUGUUCAUCGCAGAGAGAUCACAUCACAUUUAUGAUGAAGUUCAUUCUCUCGGCUUGAAUGAUCCGAACAGGAAUUCUAAAAAGUGAGAGACGUCGUUAACUUCCAACAAUUUGAGUUCUUCUUACAAAAAAUAAUGAAGAGAGCGGUUUAUAAUUGACAACAAUCAUGCACUUCAAUAAUUUAUUUUUCUCUGGGAUUUUGUGGACUAUUGUUUUUGUAUUUGUAACUGUUAAUGGAGAUAUCAGCAAAGAUUCAUCAUUAUGCGGUCGUAUGACGUGCAUCGUUCCGGCAGAGAGAAAAUUCAAGUACAACGAGAAUUUAUAUUAUCAGUAUCAGUAUAAAGUCGAUAUAAACACAAAUUUGGGAGAACAAGAUGAAAAUCGACGAGACGAGUCAACAUUAUUUAUUGAUACAAUAGCGACAGUAUAUUUCACGAGUCCCUGCGAAGGAUAUUUGAAAUUAAGUAACGCAAGCAUCAGUCAUGAAAAAAUACACAAUCCCGAUUUUCCCGAUCGAGCUGGCGGUGAAUUUAAAUCGAGCUUGGAGCGAAACACUUUGCGUUUCGCCUAUGACGAUGGAAUCAUACGCGAAGUUUGUCCAAAUUCCAACGAAGAAAUAUGGGUACUUAACAUCAAACGUGGUAUAUUGUCAAUGCUGCAAAAUUCAAUGCUGAGAUUCGAUGUCGAUCGUCGUGUUGAUGAAUUGGACGUGAAUGGAAUAUGUGAGACACGCUAUCAACUUCAUGAGGCAAAAAAGACCAGUCUUCUUAUCAAGAAGACGAAAAAUCUCGCCGGUUGUACACACAGUGCAAAACAUCUUUCUAUCAUCCAAUCGCAAACCUAUCGCAGUCCAUUGUCACAAUCGAAAAUUGCACGACAACCUUUACUUAAAUCGUUCAGCGAUUGUGAAAUUACGAUUGAUCAUAAUAUUUAUGAAAAAGUUGUUUGCAAUGAUUCACAUCAAUUUCAACCGCUUUCGAAUGGUGAUGAUGCGGGUGUUCGUACGAAUGUUAGUGUGAGUUUACAGCUAAUUUCCGAAACGGCGAAUAUUGAUUUGGAUCAAUUUUCAAAUGAGGAUGAUGACAAUGCUAGUAGGGAGAAUAUUAAUUAUACACAGUUGCAUUAUAUUCAUGGAAAGAGGACUAAUUUACUUUAUGAUCAUGGAAAGUCGCCGAAAACAAUUCAUGGGGAAUUACGAACGUCACGGGAUCUUUUGAAAAGUAUGUGUAGACAUGAAAUUUUGGAGGAAGUUCAACAGAGUUUUUCGGAAUUAUUCACGAAAUUUGUACAUUCGGCGAGGAUGUUGGAUUAUUCGUCGUUGUCGCAGAUGUUUAGCAGGGCGAACAGCAUUUGUAAAACCAGCAGAGACCAAAUUAUCAAAGCUUUACCAUUCAUCGGCAGUAAUGCGGCGGUGAAUCUAAUGAAAGAUUUGAUAAUAAAAAAAUACAUCAGUCCGGACACGUUAAAUACUUGGGUUACUGUUUUCGCCCUGAUACCACAGCCGAAUCAGGAAACAAUUGAAACUCUCGCACCUCUACUCGAUUAUCAAGAAGAGAUGCCAAAUGCCCAGUUUAUUUUGAGUUAUUCGGCAGUAAUUCAUGCAUAUUGCUCAAUGGAUAGUAACUGCCUUAAUUUGGAGCCGAUUUCAAGCUUUCUUUCAUAUUUGGAAAAGAAAAUCGAAAAAGGAUGUGUUCCACGACAACAAUCAUUAUCUGCGAUUAAAGAGACUUUGGAGGCUUUAAAAGCUAUAGGAAACAUGGGCGUUGAAAGUAAAACGUUAGUAGAAAAAUUACGAGUGUGCAUUGAAGAUUCCAGUGGAUUUCUACCGAUGGAAGUGCGUUUGGCCGCUAUUGACUCGCACCGGAGACUAAAAUCUUGUGAAGAAACAAGAGAUGUCUUCUUCCUGGAAAAUUAUCGCAAUUUUACAAUCGACUCAGAAGUGAGAAUUGCUUCCUAUCUGCAAGUAAUGCGAUGUCCCGAUUAUCGAGUAAUUAAGACAAUCAGACACAUUUUAGAAGAAGAAGAAGUAAAUCAAGUCGGUUCCUUCGUUUGGAGUCAUCUACAAAAUUUACUCUCAUCCUCAUCGCCAACAAGAGUUGAAAUUCAAAGUCUCUUGACGGACAAAGACCUCGGCAUUAAAUUCAACAGUGAUUUGAGAAAAUAUUCACGAAAUUAUGAUAAUUCUUUUUUCUCCGAAGAAUAUAAUUUCGGUGGUAAUUAUCAGGGUAAUUUGAUAUUCUCCCCAAAAUCCUAUGUACCAAGACAGGCGACAUUUAAUUUUACUCUCGAUUUAUUUGGCGAAUCGGUGAAUGCAUUUCAAAUGGACGUAAGAAUGGAGGGAAUGGAAUUCUAUAUUGAGAGUCUAUUUGGACCGAAUGGACCAUUCAGUGGUGAAAUAAUGGGAAAUCACUUGAAACAAUUUUUGAGACAAUUCAGAUCGGCGCCCGAUGAGAGGGAAGACUACUGGAGACAAGUGAAUCGAUUACCAAAUGUGAUUGACAAUAAUUUCGAUAAUCCGAAAAUCAGUUUAGGCUAUCGAGUAUUUGGCAAUGAAUUGAAAUUCGCAAUGCUUGAGGGCGAUGAAGAAAUACGGAAGAAAUUGGCGUCUUUUAAUCCAUUGGCGAAAAUAAAACAAAUUCUUUCGGGGAAGGAGAUUCAUUACGAGAAUACGGCUAUGCUUCUUGAUUCGUCAUACGUGAUUCCAACAACUUCCGGUGUUCCGGUUCGAUUAGAUCUUACCGGAUCGGCGGCUUAUAAUUUCAAAUUGUCCGGAUUGUUAAAUAGCAAUCGUUUGAACUUUGGCGAACUUGAAAUGAUUGGCAGUAUUGCUCCAAGUGUGAGUCUGGAUAUAACUGGAACAAUGACGGCGGAUUCAUUUUACAAGAGUGCAGGAAUUAAAUUAAGAACAAAUAUUUAUUCGACUAGCGCCGUUGAGACGCAUGUGAAUAUCAAAGGUCCAAGACUUGUUCAUUUGGGUUUGAGUUUGCCGAAUCGAAAAAUGGAAAUUUUUACAUUCCACUCGAAUGUACAGAUUGUGAAGACAAAUGGAGCGGAAGUGCAUGAGAAAGAAAUUGGCCAUAUAUUGUCUAAAGAUGAACAAAAUAAAUUUGAUCAACAAUCAAAGUAUGUGGGGAAAAUUGUCAGUAAUACUACGUGCAGUUGGCCGGCUCUCGACAGACUCAUUGGACUGAAACUCUGUACUGAUUAUCAAUUUCCAAAUGUGUCAAGAAAUCCAAAUGCUUCUUAUUUUCUUCUCAAUGGACCAACAUUGUUGAAGGUUUCGGUCAUUAAAGCUGAUCCAACGGCGAAAAGUUAUAUUAUUGAAUAUCGAAUGGAACGAAAUGAAAAUGAAAGUUUUAUUAAAUUGGCAUUCGACACACCUGGAUCGCAAAUGAAACGAGAACUUAGUGCAACAAUUUCGUUUAAUGUCCACAGCAAUAAUGUAACAUUGGCUCUGCAAUCAGCCAGCAAUUCUUUUCUAGCUAAAGGUACAUAUAAAAGAACGGACAAUGAAACUUUUAUAAACGUGGGAUUAGACAUCAAUGGUACAAAGCACUUGGAUGCUAGUGUUGGAUACACUGUGAAAAAAGUGAAUUACGGCUUCACCUACACGCCGAAAUUAUAUUUAGCCAUAAAUGGUGAACGAAUAGCUGAACUUACAGGCAUGAUACGAAAUCAACAGAAAAAUAACGUCUCACAAUGCGACAUCACUCUUCUGUUUCAAACGAAAAAAGUCUGGAGUCAAAUAUCCGGCUACAUUAUGAAACGAAAUACGAGUCUAUCGGGAAAUGUGAAAAUUGACUAUCAAUUGCAAAAAAUGCCAAAGAAAGAAACUCUUCAAGUGGAAGCUUCAUUGAUAAAUCGAUCGUCAAAAACCUUGACGUACAAAGCGGCUAAUGUGAAACUAUAUUCCACUGCUUAUCCACAAUUGAACACAAUAAUAUCAUCAUGGUAUCAGCAGGCAAUGGGUCAUGUUGAACUCCACGUCGAAGUAAAUUCCAGUCCUCAUCUACAAGACGAUCGACAUAAACUCAUUGCUCAAGUUGUUGUCACCUAUUCGAAAGCUUACUUUCAAAGUCAAGGGGCAAAAAUCAGCGCUUUCGUCGCCCUCACAAAGCCGAUACAAAAUCUUGACAUUAAAGUUGGCGUGAAUUAUUUCGCUAUUGGCGAUGAAUCGAAAACUGCUUUUCUAAUACGAUACGGUCCAGGUAAAGAAAUCAUUUUCACCCUGAACACAAUAAUGCCACGAGGAAACAUGUUUGCAAUCGAAGGACACGCUAAUUUGACAAUUCCAAAUUUUAAUUCCAUGUUAGUGAGUGCAAAAAUAACGGAGAGGUCACGUAACGAGUACGAUAUCGAAUUAGCCGGAACUUGGUUCAGUGGUCACAAUAUCACAGUUCGUGGUACCUACUUAGACCGUUCGACACUAUCGAUAACAAAUUACAAUUUAAAACUUGUUCUAAAAUCGCCCAGCUUUCCGAGGGAAAUAUUAGUAAAUGGCAAAUUUUACUACGAUGUCACAAAUCUUCGAACUUCCUUCUAUGUCGAGCAGUCGGAAUUGGAAAAGUAUGCAUUACUGCUGAAUUACACGGCUUUAAAUCUAGGUCGUCUUGAUACGUACCUCGAAGGAAGAUACAAAAGUAACAUUUAUUCGAUUUUGACGAAAAUUGACAGCGAACGGGAGAUUAGAAUUGAAAUGCACUUGGAUCGAUGGAGGGAUGUUCAUUUGAUUGGUACGGCUAUUAAUAAGCCGAAUAAUAAGGAACUUGGAUUUGAAGUGAAAUGGGACGCGAAUCGUGAUCCGGCUCUUAAAUUUGCGACAAGUGUUCAAUUGAAUAGGUACAAUGCAAUUGAUGGUGAAAAUGAGAAUGGAAAAAAUCUUAGUGCUUUGGUGACUGUCACGUAUCCUGGACGAUUAGUAACUGCUUAUUGUCUGCUUGCAAUUAAGCACGAGAAUAAUUAUAUUAUCGAUUCCCGGAUUAGUUGGAGUUUGGAUAAAAAUAUCGAAUUGAAAAUUGAUGCUGAUUACGUUUGGUUGAAAUCACUCAAGUUUGAAUCGAAAUUGCUGUCGCCUUUCGAAAAUUGGAAGAAGACUUCUUUAAACGCAAAUUAUUUACAAAACGAGUCGCAACUAUCAAUGAGUGGAAGUGCAUACUGGCAGGAUUCCCAGCACGUAUUGGUCAAUUUACACGCUAAUUCGAUGAAUCGUCAGAAAUUUAUUGAAUGGAAUGCCAAUUGUGGAUUGUCGAGUACAGUUCAUUCAAUAAAAUGGGUUUCGGCGAAUUUCACGCAUAAGCAAUCGUUUGGUCAUUGGACGGAUUCUUGGAUACGAAUCAAGUAUCAUCCGGAUAAAGUAAUCGAUCUUCGGAGUAUAUGGCAAUUGCAGAAAGGAGAAGCAGGAACUUUCAAUUUAACAGGAAAUUUAUUACUCGUCUCGCCUGUGGUUAAUUACAGAAAGGGUGAAAUGAAGUGUCUCUUGAAUCUACUGCCGAAUUUGAGAUUUCUAGGAGGUGCUAAUAUUGAUUUAGAUAAACGAAAGUACACCGCUCAUAUGAUUGGAGAUUUGGCUCAAUUUCGAGAAUCGAUGGUACAAUUUAAUAUAACGACUCCUCACGAGCGCUACGCGUUUGUUAGGGGAAGAUUUGGAUUGUCGGAGAAAAAUAGACAUAUUGUGGCGGAAAUAAUACGACCGGCUGGACCAUUAGGAUUUGAGGGAAUUUGUCAAAUACUGACGAGUGCCUACGAUUUUAAUUUAAAGUUGUCAUUGGCUACUCCGAUCGAAUCGCUUGAGAAGGCGUUAUUUAUUGCUAAACUUAACAAACAGGAAGCCGAUUUUCGUGUUUCGUAUAACAACAUAACUGCUGGUUUCCAAGGUGUUUGGUAUUAUGAGGACAUUACGCAUUUUGAUUACACUUACAUUCUCUACACUCCGGUGCAUGGAUUACACGAAAUUGGAAUUAUCAGCAAAUUAGUUGUGACGAAAACCGAGCCUGAUGGUCACUUGGACGUUGAUACGGAAUUUUCUCUGAGACUGGUGGAACUGAAAGUUGGUUUUCGUGCAAAAGGUGGUCCGAAACCGCCGUUAUUGCACAUUCCAUUGAGUACGGGUAUCAAAACGAAUUCGCAGAUCGAAACAUCGGAACAAGACUCCGAUAAGGAAGAAGAAGAAGAAGAAGUGGAGACGCUUGUGGAAGAUAUCGAAAACUUCUUCUAUUGGAAAGGAGAAAUUGAGUUGAACAUGGUAAUUAUUGAGCCGAUCACAGGUUCACUGGAUGUUGAUAAAGAGGGUAAUAAAUACAAGAUUUCCAGUGUCUUGAAAAUACCACAAGGUCGAAUAACCGUCGAUGACACUUUGUAUAUGGAACACGUUUUUAAUAUGAAAAAUGAUUUGAGUAUUGAAACGCCAUUUAAAUAUGCUUCUGAAAUCAAUUCAGCUUAUGUCCUUCAUGUCGAAGAUAGUAACAUUUUAUUGGAGGUUGAUUUAAAUGUUUGCAAUUACACAUCAUGGAUCGAGACUGGACUCUGGAUGAAUUACACGGUUCAAAAGGGUAUCAUAGACACGUGGAAAAUGCAUUUAUUACAUUUGACUUUCAAGACCCCAUUACAAUCCAUAAAACAUGUGGAUUCAAUUAUUACCCUGGAAGUCGAUGAAAAUGAUACUAAAGCCAACAUGAUUGUACGAAAUUCCGAAUCAUUUAUGAACAUCUCCGGUUUUUUGGAGGUAGAAGAAGGUUUCGUCGAUUUAGUCACCAUUGUUUACGUAAACACAUCCGUACUUUUUGUUCCCAAUACGAAAAUUUCCCUAAAAAGAGAUUUAACCGAUAAGGAAAAAUUGAUAGAAUUUGGCUUCGUUGUCAAUAAUGGAACCGAAAAAUCAACGAAUUUAAAGGCAUCGUGGUGUGUGGAGAAUCAAGAUUUCCUAAAAUCAUCCGUAAUUCUCGACACUUGGAUCGAUGUGAUAAAACAUAUUGAAGUUGACAUUUUAUACAACAAUACAAUGAAGAUCGACAGUACUUCAAAAUUGAACAUGUCCCUAAAACUUCCGUCUAACGAUGAAUAUAAAUUAACCGGAGAAAUGAAAAACGAAAAAGUGACAGCUGAUUUGCAUGUUCCUUUGGGAAAACAGCAUUUACAAUUUGAAGGUACUUUAAUACCUGUCAGGGAAAAUUCAUUUAAUCUCGAAGGUGAAUUAAAAAAUGCCAAAGUAAUUUACAAAGUCACAAGUUCCGUGUCACUCGAAAAGGAUCAAUUAACAAUCGUUGAAGCAACAAUAACUCCCGUGAAUAGUGCAACAAAAAAUACGAAAUAUUUUCUAACUUUGAAAAAAGAAAAAUAUGGUAUAGAUCUAAAUAUCAAGAGUGAAACACUAAAUGGAACUAUCAGCAUGAAUUGUAUCAAUGCCUUAAAUUGGGAUCUACGCUCGAAAAUCGAUACACUAAAUAAUAUGAAUAAAUACGAUAAUUAUCAAUUAAAUACAUUCAUGAAUGUUCAAAUUAAUGGCAAUGCGACAUUGUUCGUUUAUGUGAAUACACCCUGGAAAGAAUUGACUACCGCGACAAUUGACGGAAAUUUACUAUUAUCCAACAAUGGAGGACACGUUCGUUUAAAUCAACAACGAAACAACGAGGCGAACUUUAUUUCACUAGAUUGGAAAUUGGAAUCUUUGAAUGAUAUGUUCAUUAAAAUUGUUGGCAAUCAACGGUAUGAUGAAAUUAAUACAAAGGACGUGGUUAUUCAUUUGUUCCUCAAAAGUUCUGUGCAAGCCGUUCAAACUGUUAAUACUGGUUUUGAUAUUGAUAUUGAUAAACAACUUUGGAGAUUGGCAUCGAAUGCGACGGUUACAUUUUUCGAUCAGGAGAAUUUUGAUGUUGUUUUAAAUGCCUCUUUACCACCGCCUGAGAAAGAUGAUCAUCAGUUCUUGUUUAGCUAUCAUGCGAAUAAAGGGAUUCGAAAUGCGUCUUAUCUUGUCAGUUACAAGACUUUGCGAAGUAAUAUUAAUUACUCUUCAGAUGGCUCGUUAAAAAUGAUCACCCGGGACAUUGAUGGACAUUUACGAUUCACUUGGGGAACGUUACAAUCUUUGAAGACAAUAAAAAAUUUCAUUAAUGCAACGUUUGACGAGAAGGGAAUGAAUUUGAAAUAUUCUCUCCACACUCCAAAAUACAAACAACAAGAAACUUUUGUUCUUCUCUUUUCCUAUGAUGCUGCACACGAAACGUAUACUUUGAUCGAUGCCGAUUUGUAUUUACCAGCUGACAAAAAACUCGGUUCCACUCAUAUUUCAUACGCGAGUCUCGUCAAUGUCAACGGAACAAUAAAUGCGACAACUGCAAUACCGAAUUUCUCUUUUGUUGGUUGUGAUUUCAUCGUUUUAACCACUUUAAAACAAAGCAAGCGACUUGUGAAGGCUUUUUGGCCGAAUAACACAGCAUUGUUGGACUCUGAUUACAUGUAUCAUAGCGAAAGAUUGGAUUCAACUUUAGAUGGUCAUUUGCAUUUGCAAGUUCCAUUGAGUACUCGUCACGAAGGUCAUCUCACUUACGGCUACAAGAAACGACCUCAAGUCACUAAUGGUUAUUCGAAAUUAUUCUACAACAAUCAGGAAAUAUUGAAUGGACAGUACAAAUCGAAAAGUGAAUCAAGAGCCGGUUUUGAAAAAGACGAAAUUAAAAUAACCGUCGAGAAUAUAUUGAAACCUAUCGGUAUUUUCUACGUCAAUCAAUUUGAGUACAGCGGUGGUAAUGAAGGCACGAAUUAUCCGACAACAGAAUUGAAGAAAGUGCACAUUUAUCGUCUCGACAAUAGUUCGAGUUUCAAUGUCAGUGGUGAGUCGCGAAUACACACAACUCACGACGGUCAGGAUGUCUACUUGAAAGCAGUCCACUUCAAUCGUACCGUUCAAUUGCGAGCCGAUUACAAAAUUCUACCCGGCGAAUUCGAUCAAAACACCUGGUUGAGUCUCGCCGACGACGCCUGGGCUUCGUACCACAUCAAUAUUCUCAAUAAAUCCGUAGAAAACAUCGAAAAUCAAUUCAUCGUACUUGGAUUGGUUUAUCCACAGAGAAAUUUUACAAUUAAUGGCACGUACUUGAUAACAAGCAACGAGUUACAGUCCGAAGCGCAUCUUAUUUGGAAACACGAUCAAACGAUUCCACGUAUUCUUGGCUCAGCAUUUCACUGGAAGAAUAUAUCGUCAAAUUGGAAUUCACUUCAGCAGCAGGCGAUUUUCAGCUUGAAACAUCCAAGUUUCGAGAAGGAUAUGACAAUCACUGGUCAGAUUAUUAAUCGGGAUGAGAGAGAUUUAUUCAAUGCGGCAUUUAUCGUUGAUUACUCGAAGAACAUUGGCAAACUUCUCAACGUAUCGGCAACUAUACGGGACGAAAGUGAUUUACCGAUUGAUCGCAAAUAUACCUAUGCAAUUUUAGGCAAUCAUGAUGAAAUUAAUUUACAUCUUGAUCUACAUGGGCAUGUUCUUUUGCAUUCGCCAAGUAUUCUCGAAACUAAAAAUAACGUCGAUUAUCAACGUGGAAAUUCUGAGAAGGAAACUGGAGAAUUAUUCGGUCGCAUUAAUAUAGCAACAAAUGAGAUUGAAAUAAAUCGUGAAAAUACCGAUACACAAUAUUCGAAUAAUAAGAAUGUUAAGUAUCUUUGGGCUCGAUAUCAUGGUGACUAUCCGGUUUAUACCCUAAAUGGAAGUGUUAUUAAUUCGCCGGAACUUAAUUGCACUGGUAAUUUAUUCUUGAAUUUUAGUGACAAACUCACUUGGAUGAUGGUGAAUUACACACCUGAUGCUGUAGAAAGUCUGAGGAUGUACGGCGAUAUUCCCGAUGUGAGGAAUGCUAAAUUUGACAUUUGGAGAACUUACGAUGAAGAUCUUACCAUCUCGGACGUUACCUUCUAUUUACGAUUGAAUCAUUCUCGUCUUGUCACAUCAACUUUGCGUUGGAGACCUGAUUUGAGGGCAGACUUAUCGCGGUUUAUUAAAACUACUUUAAGCGAUAUAUACGAGCGUAUGAACAGCGAUGUUGAUUUCUGGAGGCACACCGUUAGAACUGAGACAAUUAACGUUAUGUCUCAAGUUUGGGACAAUGCGAAAGAAGACAUGGACGAAUUUCUUGAUGACUGGAGUGAGUUGAGAAUAAUAGAACAGGAUUUCGACGCUUUGAAAAUCUACCUAAAUAAUUCGUACAAUGCAAAUGAUUUCUACGUAAAGGACAUUGUUGCCCUCGGAUUUUACGUUAUAGACGAACUUUCAUUGCGGAGUCACAUUCAAUCCCUACCGAAUCUCCUGAAUGAAAUAUGGGAAAUUAUGGGCGAAUCAGGUGAAGCAAUUCGUAAUUCAUUACUCUGGAUAAUUGAGACUAUCAAGAAUGCCUAUAGUAAAUUAUCGGAAAUUGUGAGCGCAAUAUUAAAGGGCGAUUCCGUUUCGCAAAUUGCUCACAUUGUGGAGAAUCUCAUUGAGAAAUACGAUUCAUUCAUCAAAGAUCUUCACGUUUCAUUCAUCAAGUACAUUGAAAAUCUUUGGAAUAAAAUUUCACAUUCAAUCUCUCAGCAAUGGUACAAAUUUCUCCGUCUACUCGAACCGAUGUUUAUACGUGUGAUUCAUUAUUUGGAGACACUUAUUUGGAAAGCGAGCAAGGAAGUACUUGAUUUUCUCUACGAUCGUCGAAAUGAAAUUAUCACAUCGCCUUAUUAUGAUCGUUUCACAAAUUUCACGCAGGACAUUGAUAAAUUUUACCGUGACAUUAAAGCUAAUGAUAUUAUCACCAAUAUUCAGAAAUAUUCAACUAUACUGAUAAAGUUCAUUAAAGAACGUUAUUUUACGUUUGUACCAUUUGGAAAGGAAUUGAAGGAUGUUCUCGACGAAAUACUCAUGGAAUUGAAGGAAUUGAAAAAAUUACCAUCGGUGCAAUAUACACUCGAUAGAAUUGAACAAGUUUACGUGAAAGUCAGUGAGAUUUAUGAAUAUUUCCAAGUGCGAAGUAAAAUAGAGGCGACGAUUCGAUUAAUUCAUUCAAAAUUAAUGGACAUUAGUCAAACGGCACUGCAGGCGGAGAGUCGUUAUCGAGAAGCGAAGACUAAAUUUAUAUUUGAUCCGAAUCGUGGUUUAAUGUGUUUCGAGCAAAAGCUUCCAAUGUCUUGGCACGCUUUUAAUCAGACACCGGAAUUUCAGGAGAUACCCGAAUAUAGAGCAAUCACGGACGUGGGUUCUUAUUUUGCCACAUCGAACGCCACUUUCUGGACUUUGUAUUAUCAAUUCAAACCCUACACGGAACCUUCGAAUUGGUUCCCGCCAUUCAAAGCUCAUGGAAUGAUUGUUGGUGCUCAGAAUCUUAUUACUUUCGACGGUCACUUUAUUCAGUUUGCUGGUUCCUGUACUUAUUUACUUGCACGUGAUUUUGUCCGAGAGCAAUUUGCUGUUUUGAUUAAAUACGUUGAGGAUUCGAGUUCGGAAAAUAUUACACACCAAAUAAUUGUAUUGUUUGGAAAACAAUCGGUAGUUGUGGACUUAUUUAAAGACACUGUAAGCAUAGCAGGCACCGAUAAAUCACUCCAAUUACCCUUGGAACUGGAAAAUGGCACCGCAUUUGUGUAUCAAGAAGAAAGUAUUGUCAUUAUCGAACGCAAAGAUAAGCAAUUCAGAUUGGAAUGUAAUUUGAAGUACGAUUUUUGUAAACUCGAAUUAUCCGGUUGGUAUUAUGGAAAAACGGCUGGAAUUCUCGGUACAAUGAACAAUGAACAAAUGGAUGAUCAAAUGGCAUCGGACAAGACAAUUGUCACUGACGUUGGAAAAUUUGCUCAUUCCUGGUCGCUGGAGGGAGAAGAAUGCAGUAGCGAUAAAAAUCGAGCAAUUGUUCGCGAUAAUGGACCAAAACAAUUUUGUCAAGAUCUCUUUGUCAACAGAAGUUCUGAUUUUGGUUCAUGCUUCAAUGUAGUGAAUCCUCAGCAUUAUUACGAGAUUUGUCUGAAUAGUGCAAAUGAACGCGAGUCUUGUACAAUUGCAAUGGCAUACAUGCAUGCGUGUAUGUUUUACGAUACGUAUUUGAGAAUUCCAGAUAAGUGCACUACAUGCUUCAUGAAUGACGGUACCCACGUGCCCGAGGGACAAUUCACGAAACUCGAGGGAGAGUCAUUUUUAAAGUCAACUGAUAUUGUGUUUAUUGUUGAGGCGAAAGAGUGUAAUGAGGAUGUUAGAAGAAAUCGUAGUCUUGAUUUUUUGAUAACACAGUUGAAUAAGGAACUUAGUGAUCAAAAUUUUAUUGAUAAUCGUUGGUCACUUGUUCUUUUCGGUGGUGAUGGUGUAUUCGAUCAACCUAGAAGUUUGAUUCUUGAUAGUCAAAUUUUCACGAAUAAUUCUUUGAAGUUCGUCGAUUAUUUUAAUAAUAUUCCAAUUGGCGAUGGCAAUCAUGACGUAUUUGCGGCACUUGGCUUUGCAGCACAACUUGUCUUCAGGCCAGGAGUUUCGAAGACGUUUAUUUUGCUCCCUUGCACGCAUUGCGAUCCAGAAAAUCAGACGUUGGACUAUUCAGUUUUACAUCAAGUAUUACUAGAACGUGACAUAACUCUGCAUAUAUUAAUGGACGGAGAUUUUCAAUUCAAUAAAACACGAUUGAAUAAAAUGUUUUAUGGCCUGGACGCCACAAAGUCAUACACGAAGAAAGAUUCACGAAUUUUGACGGGAGACGUUGAUUUAAGAAGACAAGUGAAGUUACCAAAAACUGCCUUGGGUUAUUGUACACCCCUAUCAUUGGAGUCAAAUGGCACAAUAUUUAGCGGUAAUAAAUUGAGAACUGGCAAAAUUCCGUCAGUUAAAAAAUUCGUCACCGUUUUCUCGAAAAGAAUUGUCGUCUCGGCGGAACCAAAUCCUUGUCAACAUUGCGAAUGUAUUGCGGAUAAUGACGGAAUCACAAAAAUGGAAUGUACCGCAUGCGAUUAUCCAACGCCUGUUAAUGUUGAUUACGUAAACGAGACCUUCGACGAGGAAUUUUUGUCAGUCCUUCAACCAUCAGAUCUAGAUUACGAUCAAACCGAAACUGAUGAAGAUUUAUAAGGUAUAGCAAAUCUACAUAAAACUUUUUUUUAAUUUAUUUAAGAUUAUUUUCACUUCUUUUUUUUACAAUUAACUUUAAUUUCGUAAGUAUUCUCUACGUGACUGUUUAUAACAUAGGAACUAGUCUAUUGCUCAAUUGAAUAUUAAUAAUAAAAAGAAAAAUUACCAAAAAAAUAAAUAAAAUUUCAAGUA